AUGGCGUCACAUACCAAUGCCACCCAUGCGGAAGUAUGGGAUGAUUCCACACUUGUGAAUUCGUGGAAUGAAGCUCUGCAAGAAUAUGAGAAGUAUCAUGGUAUUCACGCCCGUGGAGAGAAAGUUGAAGAUGUAUUGAAUGAGUUCGAGAACCAGAGUAAUGGAUUGGAAGAAGCUAUGGAUGAGGAUAGCGAAGAAGUUGUGGAAGAACCUCUGGAGGAUAAUACUACCAAGCAAAGCGAGUUUGAAAAAACAGACGAUCAUACUUCAACGAAGAACAAACCCAAAAUUGAAGAACAACCCACAAUGAAAGAGACCGAAUCCCAUCCUCAAUCAUCAACAGCACCAACAGCACCAACACUGCCACCACAGUUGAUCGGUCAAGUUCACGAUGAAAAUCUCAAGAAUUUACUGAUGUCAUGGUACUACGCUGGCUAUUAUACUGGACUCUAUGAAGGUCAACAGCAGCAACAGGGACCAAGUAAGAGUACUUGA